CCUCCCCGGCGCGCCCAGCCCAGCCGGCAGCGCGGAGCGGAGCGGGCCGGCCUGGGGACUCCCUCCCCGCGCCGCCGAGGUCGCCAUCUUCGCCCCCGAGCUCGCCUCCGACGCUGCCGGCCGGGCUCCCGGGGAGCUACCGGGAGCCUGCACCGCGCCCCCCCGCUGCAUGUGACCGGCGGGCGGUAGCGGCCUCCUCCGCGGAUCUCGGCUGCGUCCUCCUCCGCCCCCGGCGCGGCGGGGAGGGGGCGCGGGGCGCCCGGCAGCGGGAGACGGAGGUGCCGGGGAGCGGCGGGCACACAAAGGAGCGGGCACCGCCGUGGGCAGCGGCCAGGAGAACGUGAGACCCUGUGACAUUUAACUCUGAAGCUGGAUAUGCAUUAAACUAAUUGGGGAUAUCUUCACUGAAGAACUUGCUGCUUAAAGAAAAUAACAGAAGUUGGGAAAUUCAGGUUCACGUAACGCUAGGGACCAAAGAAGCAUACGUAGUAUUUCUCUGGUGCUGGGAUCAACCUUCUGAAAGAAGACUCUAACUUUUUGCCUUCAAGUUCUUUGUCCUGGGACUGACUUGUCUUUGGAGAAGAGCUCAACAGAAAAAAAGAUUUUCACAUUGGAGCCAUUAAAAAUAAACCUGUUCAAAGAACUUASUACCUGCAGACAGACUUGCGAAGGUUGAGUCCUGCUUUUCAUCUGUGUUCCCACUUCAGACUGUAAACAAUGAGUGAAUUUUGGUUGUGUUUCAACUGCUGUAUUGCAGAACAGCCUCAGCCUAAAAGACGACGGCGGAUUGAUCGAAGUAUGAUUGGGGAGCCAACAAACUUUGUUCACACAGCUCAUGUAGGAUCAGGAGACCUAUUCAGUGGAAUGAAUUCAGUCAGCUCCAUUCAGAAUCAGAUGCAAUCCAAGGGAGGYUAUGGAGGUGGCAUGUCUGCAAAUGUUCAGAUGCAGCUCGUAGAUACGAAGGCAGGAUAACCUUGGGGAUAACUUUCCAGUUUAUGUGAGUUCCUGUAUCUUCUUUCCUGUGUCCUCCCUUUUGCCUUGGUGACUGCUUUCUGUGCUCAUGACAAGAGACGUGAUGGCUCAUUGUUCACCCUUCGUGAUUAGUCCAGUGAAAAGUUGCUGUUCUGCUCUGAUGAUGCCAUUUAUCAGAUUGGUCCGAUUGUGCCUUUCAGUGGCAUGCACGCAUUGGCCUCUACCUGUAUCAUUGAUGUAGAGCUGUGUAGGAUUGGUUGUCACUUUUUGUUUGUUUUAAGGCAAAUUAAAGCACCAACCUUAGCUUUCCUCAUUCCUCAGAAAUACUAAUGCACAACAUUCUGUUGCUUUUUAGCCUUUUAAUCUUUUCUCUAUUCAAGUCAUUUAGAAUGAGUUUCCAUUUUCCACUAAUGUCUUCAGUCACCUAAUGUUACCCAUUUUUGAAAGGUCUGAGACCUGCAAGCACAAAUAAUUAUUUCAUACAAAAUCAACAGAGUAGAUGACCGCAUGCUUUGUGAAGUUGCUUUGUAUGGUGGCCUGCUUGGUGCUAAAAGAAAAAAAAAAAAAAUUGCUUACUGCAGAUGUGAAAAAUUUUGCUGUGGCACCAAGUCAUGCCUGUUUCUGAAAAAAGACUUGUAACUUAGCUGCUUCAGAGUUAUGUCUUUAUUUUAGUUUUUCUCCAAUUGGUCUUGAAAUAAUAAAGAGAGAGCUUGCAUUCUUGAGGCAUUUGUUGUAAAUGUUCAGUAUAUUUAUUUUGAAAGAGCUGACCUUGAGACUGUAAACCAGUGUAGUACCGUAUCUUAAGUGUUGUGGAAUCGCUUUAGUCUAUUUAAACAGAAGAGCAACAUGUUUGGCUGCUUCUUUUUCUUUCUACAGUUUCUCUUAAUUUUAAGCUGUACGGUCAUUUCCAGUAGCAGCAUGUCAGACUGCCUGCAAUAUUGGCUGAAAAGUUUAGUAGACCUUUCUAAGUAGUUGGCAGUUUCUGUGUACUAAAUAUUUGGGGGCCAUGAAAGUUGCUAAKAGCGACAUACUAAUCUGGCAGAACAGGUGCCAAUGAAAACAGCAUACAGGGUGACUUUUUACUAAGUCAGUAAAAUGCCUUUUGCUCAGGUUCCAAAGCAUGUUUCUUUCACAUGUUGUGAAACUGCAUUUUAAUAUUGCACUGUUUUCAGAUUAUCUCUGUAAAUGGUCCCUUUUUUUGCGCCUUGCUGGUGAUUUUAGAGAAGUCAAUUAUUUGAGGCCUGGUUACAUUAAAUUUUUAUGUGGAAAAAAAAAACCCCAAACCAUCCAAACAAAUAAGGCAUAACUGAGCCUAAUCAAAUUCAUUUUUAUAUGCAGACACACACAUGUAGACUGUUGUCAUAAAUGAUUCUUUAUUCUAAUUCUAUCCUUUCCCUGAUUUCACAUUGCAGCAGCUGUCUGGUUGAUUUAAAUAUGUGUGAACCUACCUAAUCUUCUCUCUCUGUUCAUAAACAGCAGGUAAAAUACACAGCCAUGGAGGUAGUUYGCCUUCCUUAAGUUGUAUUUCAGUGGUAGAUGUCACUUACCUGGUUGAAUAGUAUUCACUGAUUAAGAUACUGAUUCCUGAUGAGAUGUUCAGUUGUCUGGAUGCGUAAACACAUGGCAGUGCAAUGAUGUGUUUUUUUAGGGGAUAGCAUUUCCAAUGCCACUUUAACAAUGACUCUUAAUUAUACUACAAAAUUAUUACAAGAUUAUUUGAUCUUUGCAUUGGUAAUAGCAGCUUAAAUUUGCUUGCCAAACCUAUCUUGCACUUGCCAAAAUGUUUUCAGCUCAAUAGCCAGGAAGAAAAAUUGACAUAUUUUUAUAACAGACAUACUUUUUUUGUACAUUGUGUUCAUUCUUGAAUAAAGUUAGUUCAGUGUUGGCUUGUAGAUAUUAAAAGGAAAGUAUUGACUUUGAUUCAAUAAAUGUUUUCUUUCAGUUGGUGGCCUACCCUUUUUCUUCUCCAUAAAUCACUUGCAUCUUAAAGAYAAAUUUGUGGUGAAAAGAGUAACCUGUUAGUGUCAAUAAAUAAUUUGCAGCUUGAGUUUCUUUUCAUGUCACUUGACCCUUUUGUUGCCGAAUGGAUUAAACCGUAAUUUUACCAGUAUUAUUGUUGCAUUGAUUUAACAUGUAUGYCAGGGGCUUUUGCAAGGAAGAGAGAGUUUCUUAAAAAAACAGAUUGGAAAUCUUUCMUUUUGACUGCAGCUCAUAGGUGUGUUACUUUCCUGAUUGUGCUGCAGAUGUCUGUGGUGAUCAGUAGGAGACUUGUCACCAAAAUAGUCAUCUGCAGUAAAAGUACCUGCAAGGUAYAGCAUUGCCUACUCUGUGUUUGGCUCAAUUAAUUUUUAUAUUUCAUACUCUCAAACUAUAUUCCUUAAGCACUAAUUUACUGUUUUAAAUUUCAUGCCAAGUUCUUCUAAAUACUGAUAAUGAAUUCUUCAUCUCAUGCCAAGUUUGUUAAAUUGCCAGUUGAGGGRAAAAAAGGCAGCUAGGAAGAAGUAAGGUUCUAAAGGAAAAUAAAGAUGGAGAUAAAUCCAGGAGAUACCAAUCUGCUAAAGGGUUAUUUUCUUUAAAUGCUGAGGUUAUAGAAACUUAGGAUUUGAAGACCAGAUGUUCCACUGUAAGCGCAUAUUCAGGAACUGACAUUAAAGCUUAUUAAAAAUUAUGUGCUGGUUCUGCCAAUGGACCGCUUCAAAGGCAUACCAGUGAAACUGAUUUGGACUGGUCCCAUCUGCUUACUCUUACAAUCCAUGCAAGCACUGGCACUGAUUCAGCUGCUCAGCUGAUGCUAUUGGGUACUGACCUAUAGUAAAGGUUGUGUUUUUAUGACCAAAUUGGUUAGUUUUAACCUGGAUCAGUUUCUUGAUGCUUAUUCAGAGUGAGCAUGGAGGUGAGUGUWACGGGAUCAGAGCUAAUGUGUUACGGGAAACACUGAUGGCUUAAACUAGCUGUGAAAAAUGCAUCAAGCUUUCUGAUUGUUAAAAAAACCACCCAAAGCAACAAACAAACUAACAAAAACCACUAAACAAACAUGGUUUGUGGGCAGAGCAUAUUAAACAUGUUGCCAGAAGAUCARCCACCAGUAUCAUCACCAAUAGACAGCCAACCUCAGGCAGUAUGAUUAAUUUCUGCCAUCAGUGAUGAUUCCAUCAACACUUCACAAGGAGUAACUUUCUGCCUUCACACAAGCCAGGAGAAAUGGUAAGUUCAGAUUUCAAACAAGUUUUCUGUUAAACUCAAAGUGCUGGUUGAGUUGACAAUAAAUUGCUGAAUAUCAAACUUGCUUACUUAAAUAUGAUGCAGAAUGGUGUAACCCCAUUUAUGAAUUGCUAACUUGUCCUGCAAAAGGUGCAUUCAUUUGUAAUUAUUUAAGCAUUUGUGUGAACUUUUUGUGGCAUUCAUUGUCUAUAGAUGAGUUUAAUGUUUGUUGGGGAUUUUUUUCAAGAAAUUUGAUGAUGUGUUUUUAUAUGCAAGUUAGUAAUAGAGCCUAUUAGCAGA